GGACAAUCGAUUGCCAAAAAAACCGUCGCCGUCCAUCCGAUCCUCCCUCGCCACGGCGACGACGCCCGAGCUCCUCCCCCACAUCGCUCUCAAGCCCGAAGCGGCUUCCUCUCCCCACGCCGAUUGCUCCCACGCGAGUUACUGAUGACUAAUUGUUGACGCUUGUAAGUUGUCGCUGCUUGAACUUCGAAGGAAUCUGCCAGAUGAAGGCCAAGAAAACUGUGAACGGAUCAUCAUGCAGCAAGAGCAAGUUGUUUGACAGUCUGAGUGGCAAAGAUGUUUCAGAAAUAGAUCCAUCGUAUAAACUUUUUCUGGAACAUUUAAGAAAAGAUGGGAACACUUAUGUCCUUGAUGUGCCAGACGGGGACCAUGGCAUGCCUGUUUCUGUGAGGUAUGGGGAGGAUGGUGCAUCCGAUGGAAACGCAAAGAACAAAGAUGGCCCAAAUUCGCCCAAUGGUUCACUGCAUAGAACUCAGUGUGUUCCAAAUGGCAAACGACCAGGUGUAAAAGCAGGCAAGGCUGCCAGUGGAAAUGUGGGUCACUCCUUUUCACCAAAGACAUUAUCUGUGAAGAAGAAGAAGAAGAAGACCUCAGCUGUGGAUGAAUCUUAUGGGUUAUUUCUGAGCCUUGUGAAGUUCAAGGAUGGUUUCAUGGUUAUCGAGCCAGAACCAGGUGUUACGAUUGUAUACGAGCAAGAAGAAGAGACUCCUGCUGGACAUGAUGAACUGAGAACUGGAAGUUCCACGAAUGACCAAGAACCUUUGAUGUCUCCACUUGAGAACAUGGGGGAAGAGUACGCUAUGCAUGCAUGUGAAGAUGGACUUGGACAGUCUGAUAAAAGUACAUCUUUGGAUAGUCAGGAUGUGAUCUGCACAGAUGAACGUGGACUUGUACUUUACACUGAACCUUCUGAUUUAAACGCAUGUGAAGAUGAUCAAGGAGCACCUCUUGCUCUUUGCAGUGGUGGUUCCUCAACAUUUGAUGAAAAACUCAAUGCCAUUUUAAGUCAGCCAUAUGACCAAAAUGAAUAUGAAGAGCUUUGGAGAAAAGCCACUGACCGGAAGCCUGUGAGUAGACAGAGACACUUGCGAAGUGCAUCAAAGCGCUAUGUUACAGAGGCAAUUGGGUUAUCGUACCUCGAUUACUACCCAGGCUAAAGGGGAGAAUAGAGAAAUCACUGUUUCAAGAUGGCAAGCAAUGAGACAAUAUCGUGAUGACCACAAAGACAACCUCUAAGCACCAAGCAACAACCACUAGCAGUAGAUUUGGACACGGCGGAAAAACAAAGACAAAUGAAAAGACUCAAGAUUGUAGCAGAUAGUAGCACCAUAGCAUACAAGCGGAGGCAAGAUGACGAGGCCGCGCACGACGUGAUGGGUCCUCCUUUGACCAGGGGUGGCGAACUAUGACAAGGUCGGCGGACGGUGCGACGACGCACAUCAAUCGAUGGUGAUGGCGAAACCGCAACACAGGGAACAACCGGUGGCUGACUAGUGAUGUGGAAGACGAUCUAGAUCUAACAAAGAUGAUGUUGACUCGGUGCUGCAUGGGCAUCGGCUGCUACAUCGCUUCCCCUUCUGCUGGAUGAGGGCAGCUGCCGAUUGGAAUGGUGACAAGGCCAGCGGAGAGCGGCGCACGACGGGCGGGCACAGGUCGACAGCGUGCGAUGGAUCCCGGCUGCGCGCGAUGGGCUCGCGCAGGUGGGCGGCGCACGCACGAGUGUAUUAGAGUAAUAUCCUAGUCCUAGGGUUUCCCUCAUGUACCUCUAUAUAUAGUGUCCAUUAUGCCUCAAUGUAUCUAUCCAUCACUUGUGCCAUCUAUACAAAAUUAGCAAAUGUAAUAUGUUCCUAUACACUUCUGGAUGCAUUAGCUCUUGGUUCUGGUACCAAUUUUGAAGGCUGUGAUUUCAAUGCUGCAAUACAAAGUUACCUGGCAUGAAAUCAAUUGGUAUAUUGCAUUUAGUACUUUUCAAG